AUCGUAUUCCCGCAGCAUCAUUCGGAAGUACCGGUUGGCUACAGACGUGCUGAGCUGACGACGACAACGACGACAAACGAGAUAACGACGCCAAACGACCUCCCGAUCUUCCAGAUAUCGCUGCCAUGAAUUUCUUUAAGACAAAGCAGCGGACACCGCCCGACCUCGUCCGGGGCCUCCGGGAUAACAUUUUGAAACUCGAAUCGUCGCCACCAGGUGAUGCGCGGAAGAAAGCGAGCGAGGAGAUCAGCAAGCACUUGCAGCAGAUUAAAGGGUUGCUCUAUGGCGAUGGCGAGCCCGUCCCGGAGCUCCUCGCUCAACUCGCUCAAGAGACCUAUUCCACAGAUCUGCUCUACUUUCUCGUACUUCACAUCGGCCGGUUCGAUUUCGAGGCACGCAAAGACGCAGUGCAGAUCUUCAACAACCUCUUGCGGCGCCAGAUCGGGACGCGCUGGCCCACGGUCGAAUAUAUUUCGUCCAAGCGUGAGGUGCUUUUCGCUGCUCUGCAGGGGUAUGAGAACGAGGAGGUUGCGCUGAAUACGGGCAUGAUUUUGAGAGAGAUGUUGAAGCAUGAGCAGUUGUGCAAGAUCCUGCUUCACUCAGAACAGUUCUACAAGUAUCCGCAUUACAUCGAGACUACGACAUUCGGGAUAUCAUGUGAUGCGUACUCCAGUCUGAAGGAUACACUUACGCGACACAAACCCAUGGUUGCGGAAUACCUUGACAAGAACUACGAUCGGUUCUUCAACUCCUUCACGACCCUCAUCCUCUCCACAAACUACGUUACUAAGCGCCAAUCACUCAAACUCCUCGGCGAGAUCCUCCUCGACAGAGCGAACUUCAAUGUGAUGACGCGCUACAUCGCGAACGAGGCUAAUCUCAAGAUGAUGAUGAACUUGCUCAGAGAUAAGAGCAAGAACAUCCAGUUCGAGGCGUUCCAUGUUUUCAAGGUCUUCGUCGCAAAUCCCAAGAAGCCUCCGCAGAUUGAGAAUAUUUUGAGGAGGAACAAAGACAAGCUUCUGGUAUAUCUGAAGAACUUCCACAACGAUAAGGAUGAUGAGCAAUUUACGGAUGAGAAACAAUUCCUUAUAGUGCAAAUCCAAGGCCUGUAACUUGCACCAUCUCCUCUCUUCCCUCGUACCCGCAAGUCGAUCGUCCAAUUGUCCUCGCCGCCACCCUUGCCAUCAUUUCAAUACCAUCUAUACACCAUUGUAUGAUCGCACCCCCUUGCUACCCGGAGCUGUGGCCCCAGCCUCUUUUGUGCCUACCAUACCAUGCCGGCGCGAUCAACUGUUCGCGCCUCAUACCUAAUACGGGCCGGCCAUCUCUUCAUCGCCUUUUACCUACAUUCACCUUGCACAUCACGCGCCAAUCACUAUCCCGCUAGGCUUGCCCGUCUCGCUUUCUUGCUCGCUACAUUUCCGACCAUUGCCCCUGCAGACAUGAUCUGGUCCAACCGUGUCGCACCCUUGUUGAUUUGUCCUCCGUUGAGUUGCCGUGUCCGUUGAUCCUGAGCGUGCGCGCCCUGUGUGCAUAGCAUGGACAUUUGUACCCGUCGACGCGCAUCUGCCGUUUGACUCUUGCCAGCUACAGACGGGCCGCGUUCUUUUGUUUGUUUCUGCCUGCGAUUUCGUGUCUUGGAGCCAUGGUCGGCGUUGCUGUCAGUCGUCGUCGUCGUUGUACAGUACGCAGAAUGGGCCAUCGAAUGAAAAGAUGUGGAUUGUAACCUGCG